GCUAAAAAUUAUGCAGAGAUAUUUACUUUAUGACCGACGAGCUAGCUCAUCAAGAAGGUGGAACAAAUAUCCGGAAGCAGAUUAGUAUUGGAUGCAAGAAGAAAAUGAAGAUGGCAAUUGGAGCUGGGCUACUUCUUCCUAAUAGUCGUCGGAAAACCAUCAUGAACCUCAUCGUGGUGGUGAUACUGGUUCUCUGCAAUACUGGAUUACUCAAAGUUGACGCGCUUACAACUCGUCUUCCUGCUUCUGAAGUUGAAGCCCUAGAAGAAAUUGCUAAACAAAUAGGAAAAAAAGACUGGGAUUUCACAGUAGACCCGUGCCUGAAUGACACAACCCACACAAGCUGGGCUACCCCAAAGCCUGCUGACAGGCCUCUCUUCAACAACACCCUCACUUGCAACUGCUCCUUCCCUGAUGGCUCGUGUCAUGUCAUUAACAUUAUUCUUAGAGGGCAAGAUCUUGCUGGUGUUCUUCCAGCAUCUAUUGCAAAGUUACCCUACCUUACACUAAUCGAUUUCACGAGGAACUUUCUUAGUGGUAAUAUACCGAGUGAAUGGGCUUCUACAAAGCUGGAAUAUAUGUCCUUUAAUGUGAACAACUUAACUGGACCAAUCCCUGCUUUCUUGGGAAACAUCACCACUCUAAAAUACUUGAACCUUGAGACUAACAUGUUUUCUGGAACUGUUCCUCCUGAGCUUGGGAAGUUGGUUAACUUGCAGAAUCUCAUUAUUAGUACAAACAAUCUCACGGGAGUGUUGCCAGUGAAUCUCACUAGACUGAGCAAAUUAGCAGAACUGAGAAUUAGCAGUAACAACUUCACUGGAAGAAUUCCGGAUUAUUUCCAGAGUUGGAAUCAACUUACGCAAUUGGAGAUCCAAGCUAGUGGUUUACAAGGCCCCAUUCCAUCUAGCAUCUCUAUCUUGCGUAAUUUAACAGAACUAAGGAUCAGUGACUUAAAUGGAGGGGGUUCAGUGUUUCCCAACUUAAGUAAUAUGACAAGCUUGCAAAGAUUAAUGCUGAGGAGCUGUGAUUUAUCUGGACCUAUUCAUGAUUUAUCAGCAAUGACAGUGUUAAAUAUCUUAGAUCUUAGCUUCAACAAAUUGGAAGGAAGUAUUCCUGAUCUUGAAGAUCUUACUGAGAACAGAUUGCAGUACUUGUAUUUGACAAGCAACUUGCUCAAUGGCUCUAUUCCAGAAUGGAUUAAGAACAGAGAUAACCGCUACCAAAUAGAUGUUUCUUACAAUAAUUUUUCGAAGAUCUCUGAGCCAUCUACAUGUAGCGAAUACCUGAAUGUCUUCAAAAGCUCUGCUGUACCAAACAACACAUUAUCCGGAGCGUGCCUGGACAAAUUUCCAUGUACAGAAGUUCAGUACUCAUUGCAUAUAAACUGUGGUGGGAGAGCAACCACCAUUGGAGACAUCAAAUUCGAAGAUGAUACAGAUCUUGGAGGUGGAGCAAAAUUUGUUCCGACGAGACCUAACUGGGGAGUCAGUAGCUCUGGAUUUUUCUGGGAUACUGACCUCACCUCUAAAGACUACAUAGCAAAUAAUGUAUCAACACUUGGAAUGGAAAACUCUCAGUUGUACACGAAUGCACGCCUCACUCCUCUUUCUCUCACAUAUUAUGCAAACUGCUUAGGAGAUGGAAAGUAUACUGUGAAACUUCACUUUGCGGAGAUAAUAAUCCGAGCCAAUAGAUCUUUUUACAGUGUUGGAAGACGGAUAUUUGAUGUCUAUAUUCAGGAGAAACUUGUAUGGAAGGAUUUUGACAUCGUAAAGGAAGCACAAGGGGUUGAUAAGGUAUACAUUAUGAAAACAAAUGCAGUUCAAGUUACAAACAAAACUUUAGAGAUUCGGUUUCAUUGGUCUGGAAAAGGCACGACAGCAUCCCCUAGACGAGGAGUCUAUGGACCCCUUAUAUCAGCCAUUUCUAUAGAGUCUGAGUUCAAGCCUCCUAAAACUCAUGACAGCAAAAGAAGGAUGUAUAUUGUGGUUGGAGUUUCAGUUGGAGCUUCAGUUUUGUGCCUCUUCUUCAUCAUUUUUGGCAUUCUUUGGUGGAAAGGCUGUCUGGUGGAUAGCCAGACAUCACGGGAAGAAGCUCUGAGAGGACUAGAUCUGCAGACUGGCUUUUUCACCUUGAGGCAAAUUAAAGCUGCAACUAAUAACUUUGAUCCUUUAAAUAAAAUUGGGGAAGGUGGUUUUGGUUGUGUCUACAAGGGCAUAUUAUUGGAUGGCACUACAAUUGCAGUUAAGCAACUCUCUUCAAAAUCAAAGCAAGGAAAUCGUGAGUUCGUGAAUGAAAUAGGCAUGAUAUCUGGUUUACAACAUCCAAAUGUGGUUAGGUUAUACGGUUGCUGUAUUGAAGGAAAUCAAUUACUAUUGGUAUACGAAUACAUGGAAAAUAACAGCCUUGCGCAUUCUUUGUUUGGGGAAGAGAAAGGCGUCCUAACACUGGACUGGCCUACAAGGCAAAAAGUAUGCCUAGGCAUAGCAAGAGGUUUGGCUUUUCUACACGAGGAAUCAACACUGAAGGUUGUACAUAGAGACAUCAAAGCUACGAAUGUAUUACUGGACCAAGACCUGAAUGCUAAGAUUUCGGACUUUGGUUUAGCCAAGCUUGACGAAGAGGAGAACACACAUAUUAGCACAAGAAUUGCUGGAACUAUAGGAUAUAUGGCACCGGAAUAUGCACUCUGGGGCUGUUUGACCUACAAAGCUGAUGUCUACAGUUUUGGUGUUGUUGCACUGGAAAUUGUUGCCGGAAAGAACAACAUGAAGUUUCGACCAAAUGAUGAUUUUGUAUGCCUUGUGGAUUGGGCCCUUGUUUUACAACAAAAAGGGAAUUUGAAGGAGCUGGUGGAUCAGCGGCUCGGAUCAGAUUUCAAGGAGGAACAAGCGAUUAGAAUGGCUAAAGUAGCUUUGUUAUGCACCAAUUCAGCACCAUCGCUUAGGCCUACCAUGUCCGUAGUAGUGAGCAUGCUAGAAGGGCGGACCUCCGUCCCUGAGUUGAUCAUGGAUCCUAGCAUUUAUGGUGAUAAAAUGAGGAUGUCAGCCUUGAGACAACAGUUUGAUCAAAUUGUAAAUGACAGCUCAAUUCGAUCUCAAACGAGCUACACUGAUUCUCAGAGCCACCUUCGUUCAUCAGAUGUACCAUGGACUGGUUCUUCGGGUACUACUACGUCUUCAGAUCUCUACAAACUUAAUCCUUAGUUCUUGGUAACGUAGACACCAAGGAAAGAGUUUCUUGCACAGUUUUUCUUGUUUCUUUCUGAAACCAUACUGUAAACAUUCUGCAAAAAAAUCUAAAUUGCAUCUUCAAAGUAUCAAGAAGUGAUCUUGAACCCGAACGUGUAUGUUUUCGGCAGAUUAAUUCAUGUAAACUCAUAUAUCUUGAUUUAUGUACUUAUUAGCACCAAUGUGAGUUUGGUCGAAUUGCAACAUCAACAGAAAAACAUUGCAAGACGUGUUCUCUCUGUAAAAGGAAACUUUCCGUUACUUUAAUCAUGUAAUUAGCCUACUUGAUAGA